GGGCCUACCCACGCGCAGACAGGUUGAUGGAAUUAAAAGUGUCCCGUUUGAGUGGCAUUUUGUCAGGAACUCCUUCAGUUGGAACAAAUGACUCGUCUAUUCAUAUCGUCAUCAAUGCUAGUUCUACAUACAGUCUGCAGAACCAAACGGUGAGUGGAGAGCGGCAUUAUCUUACAUGGCCUCUGGGAAUUUACCAAGAUCCCACUGGAUAACCUGACAGCAUUUGUAUCUAUUUAGCAUGCGCGGAAGCCAUGCAGAAAGGAAGAGCCAGGGCUACCCUACUUAAACGCGUCGGAUGUGAACAGAAAUACAACUCCAGCCUGCUUUCGCCGUGAAUGAACACUUGAUUGGUGCUGUAUCGAAGGAUUUUAGAAACUUUGGCCGCACAACAUUGGUUAUUUUCCCAGCAGAACAGCUCCACAAACAGGCUCUCCGUAUUCUUUGCUCUAGCACGAUUAGCAAGAACGAGUGGGUUACCUGGCCUUUGCACAGCUAACUUGUUUACCUGGAGUUCACCUUUAAAAUGAAUAUUGUCGUGGAAUUCGUUGUGGUCGUGUUUAAAAUAGUCUGGUCGUUUGUGGUAGCCGGCACCAAGUGGUUUGUCCGAAUGAGAGAAAAGAGUGUUGUAGGACAGGUAUGCCUGAUAACUGGAGCUGGAAGCGGACUUGGGAGACUUUUUGCCAAGGAGUUUGCACGGCGUGGUGCUACACUUGUGUUGUGGGAUAUCAACCGAGAAGGCAACGAAGAAACUGCAGAAUUGGUCCGUGACAUCCACCGCGAAAUAUCAUCCAAAUCGGAGGUAAUUGGAGGAAUCCAGGAUGUUCCCAGCAAAGCCCAAGUCUACACAUUUGUGUGUGAUGUUAGUAAACGCGAGAGCGUCUACCGCACAGCGGAGAAGGUCCGAGCCGAAGUGGGGAAUAUCGAUUUCUUGAUCAACAAUGCAGGAGUGGUUUCAGGGCAUCAUCUCCUGGAGUGUCCGGACGAACUGAUCGAGAGGACCAUGAAGGUCAACUGCCAUGCACACUUUUGGACCACCAAGGCUUUCCUCCCCAAGAUGCUGGAGCAGAAUCGUGGGCAUAUAGUGACCAUUGCAAGCUCCUUGGGACUGUUCACUACAGCAGGUGUAGAGGAUUACUGUGCCAGCAAAUUUGGUGCAAUCGGCUUCCACGAGUCCCUCAGUCAUGAACUGAGAGCGUCCGACAAAGAUGGAAUAAAGAUGACUCUUGUUUGCCCAUUUCUUGUGGACACUGGGAUGUUUAAAGGAUGCAAAAUUAGGAAAGAAAUGGCCCCAUUCUUCCCCCCUCUGAAGCCUGAAUACUGCGUGACUCAAGCUAUGCAGGCCAUCCUCACAAAUCAAGAAAUGGUUUGCACACCACGAGCCAUGUAUGUGGUCACCUUCAUGAAAACGAUUCUUCCGUUUGAGGCUAUUGUUUGCAUGUACAGGUUUAUUGGAGCAGACAAAUGCAUGUACCCAUUCCUGGCUCAUUGCAAAGAGUCCAUGAACAACAAUGAAACCAAGAUCAGUAGCUAAUCUUUGAAUACCUCAAACAAACAAUGUUUAACAAAAGUGUGUUACCAGUGCUGUUGCAUUGGGUCUGAUUUAAAAGGUUUCAGUUGGAACUGUGGUGGCUACAUCAGUGAUGUAAAUUAAGCUUGAUCGGAAACGUUAAAAGGAUGUAAUUUCUAUUAUGUUAGUGUUUACAUUUAAUGGUGUAAUCCAAACCUGCAGUAUGUUACUGUGUGAAUGUUCAUUUUUUUGUAUCCAAUAUGAAUUUACUCAACAUCCCAAUGUUAUGACGGUCACCCUUGUAAUGGUAUGAAUACCCUACCCCCUUUCUCAUGGGGGAAAUAGUCAUGCUAUGACAGAUGCCAAAACAAGUUAUGCUGUUGAUUUGAGUGUUCAGUGAAUGAUGAGUGAGCGGUUUAUACUUAUGACGGUGCCUUAAAUAAUUUAUGUAUUUUUGUAAAUCUAUAUGAAUUGUUGUAAUAAAGAAUAUAUUUAAGAGAA